AUGGCCAGCAUCGCGCUCUACGUUCUUGGUGGCGCCCUUGCGCUGCAGGCGUGGGCCAAGCUCGGCCCCGCGCCGCGCCUCGAUGUGCGCGACCAGCACGUCUUGAUCACGGGCGGCAGCCAAGGUCUCGGACUCGCGAUCGCCACGCACUAUGCUCGCGCCGGCGCCAAGAUCUCGAUUCUGGCGCGGAGCCAGCCCGCUCUGGAGACAGCCCGAGUUACCCUCGCGGCGCUGAGCGCGCAUCCCGUGUGCGCUCUCGCGUGCGACGUGACGGACGCCGACGCGAUGCUGCAUGCGGUCGCGACGGCCAACGCUAACGCUUUCCAUGCGCGCGUCACCGACCACGUUGUGUGCAACGCCGGCGUCUCGUUGCCCGGCCUUUUGCUCGACCACGACAUGGCGAUCACAUGGACGUCAACUACUUUGGCGCGCUCACACCAUCAAGGUAUCAACGCGACACUGCCGGCCAUGGUCGCGCGCGGCGGUGGCGGCGGGUUCAUCUUCAUCAACUCGGGCGCGGGCCUCGUGGCGUUUGCGGGCUUUGCCCAGUACGCUGCGUCCAAGUACGCACUGCGCGGGCUCGCCGACGCGCUCCGGAACGAACUUGGCUUGUACAAGAUGCGCGUGCACUGCUUUUACCCGGGCAGCAUCGAUACCAAGAUGUACGUGGAGGAGCAAGCAACCAAGCCUUCGAUGACCAAGGCCAUCGAAGGCACCACCGACCUCGUCUCGCCGGAUGCGGCAGCCGCCAGCCUCAUGCGGGGCAUUGCCAGAGGUUCGUACGCCAUCACCAACGACAUGGGCAUUUGGGCAGGUCGCAUCAUGGGUCAAGGCAUCGCGCCGCGCGACUGGGCUUGCUACCUCUUCGAGGUGCUCUGUAGUCCGCUCAUCGUGCUCGUCCAAGUCGUCUUUGGCUGGUACAUGGACGCUCUCGUGCUGUGCUCGCCGAAGCACGCAACGACCGCGUCUGGCAAGCAUGCCUAGGCC